GAUGUUUCAGCCUGCAACGAUUGGCUUUUACCGUGCGAUUCGAAGCAUUAUAUUUCCGGUCUCUGUUGGUGGAAGGCGGACGUUCAUUCAUGGCUUCCCUCUCCGCCCAUCCGUAUGCGUUCCUUGUGGUAUCGCUGUUGGUCUUCUUUCUCAGUUUUGGACACGAAGCAGCUACCAGAGGUGCUGCUGCGAUGCGCAACCAGGGAGGGAUCCACGACUGUGAAGGAUUCCAGAACAGCGCCGAGAUCCAAGGGCUUGCUCGCUUCGCCGUCGAGGAGUACAACAAGAAGCAGAAUGCUCUUCUUGAGUUCAUACAGUUAUUGAAGGCAAAAGAGCAAGUUGUGGCAGGUAAAAUGUACUACCUGACUGUUCAAACCAAUAAUUGUGGAAAAAAGAAUCAUUAUGAGGCUAAAGUCUGGGUCAAGCCAUGGAUGAACUUCAUGGAACUUCAGGACUUUAAACUGUUGGAUGAUGACCCCAGUGCAUGGCAAGGUGAUUGAAAACUCUUUCAAGUCAGGGAACUUCAUAAUGUUACCUGUCCAAAAAUAAAGCAGCACUUUGGACUGCAAGCAUGCAUGAAUCAGAUGUUAGGACGGUUUGCCUAGUAAAGAUACCUGAUACUUGUCAAAUAAAUGUUGAUAUAAAUUGUCACAAUGAACACAAACAUUGAUGGUUAUGGAAAGUAGUGUAAAUUGUGAUAACAGAGAAGCAAAGGUUAUAUGUGUGCACUGCUGUUGGUUUAGUUUUGAGAGUGUUCUUCUGUUUGAACUGUAUUAAGUUGUACACAUUAUAGACUGGAAACUUUUUAACUCUCAUCUUCGGUUGCC